AUGGCAGAACCUCAUGAUACACUUCCCAAUGUGGAAGGACUAACCCUAGAUCAAGGCGUCGGUGAUAGCACCGUCCCCGUCCCAGAGGCGCUCCCCGCCAUAGCAAACUCCAAAUUCUGCAAUACCUGCCACCUGCUCUCAAUCUACAUCACAACGCUCGAAUCCUUCCUCUCACAGAACGUUGACCUCCCAGCACAGUACUCCAAUAACACUACUGCCUCCCUUGGUCCUCGCUCAGAAUUCGAGGAACGAGCUGAAGUUCAGGGUUGUCGAGGCUGCAAGUCCAUCUUGAAGGCACUGGAUUGGUAUUUGGAGAGCGGGGAUGAUGCUGAAUUGAAGAGUGGUAAUGUGAGAGAAAAGAUUGGUGAGGGGAAGGAUUAUGAGAUCAAUCUGGUGGUGAAAGUGAGUAAUAGGGACAGUGCGUGGGCGAAGCCAUUGAGUAUCACUGCGCUGGGACUUCCGGGUCUUCAACUCCAGCCUACAACAAAAUACCCUCCCAGGCAAGAACUCGGACGAGUCUGUGAUCCAGACCGUCUCGAUUACUCCUUGCUCAAGAAAUGGAUAUCAUGCUGUGAAGAAUCUCACGAUUACUGCAAAGAUUCAGUGCUCUCUACACAUCUUGGUCCUACCACGCCAGUCAACUACAUCGAUCUCGAGCAGUAUUGUCUAGUAGCUUUCUCCUCAGCACCAAGAUAUGCAGCACUCAGCUAUGUCUGGGGCCGAGUCUCGACAUUGAUGACAGUGAAAGAUAACCUCGAGGAAUUAAGCCAGCCCGAAGCUUUUACCAAGAAAGCAGAUCAGAUUCCUAGGACGAUCCGAGAUGCUAUGGUUCUUACUCGUGAGCUCGGGAUUCGAUAUCUCUGGGUUGAUGCACUGUGUAUCGUGCAGGAUGAUUUUGAAAUGAAGUAUGAUCAUCUCCGGGGUAUGCCAUCGAUCUACGCACUUGCGGUAUUUACUCUCGCUAUAACAGACGGCAUGGAUGCCAAUAGUGGGAUCCCAGGUGUAGGAAUUAACCCAAUCCUACGAACUGUACCGUCUGUCAUAACAUUACCUACAAAGACCGUAACGGUCUUCUCAUCCACCCACCACGCACGGCUCAAAUACCUCACAAGAAUGGGCUUCUCCUCCCGCCCCAUCUGGUCCACACGCGCCUGGACAAUGCAAGAACAGAUCUUCUCUCUCCGCACCCUUCUGCUCUCCUCCUCCUUGACCGCCUUUCUCUGUCCCUCAACGCAAUAUCUCGAAGAGGUCGAACGACCCAGCGAAUCGCAUUCCUGGGCCAAAUCAGAAAGUUUCAAGCCCGAUCAGAGAUACGACCUUGUCCUUCCACGGACAGUCAAUUUACGUCCGCUGGGGAGAUUGGUGCAGGAGUAUAACCAGAGGGAAUUAUCCUUUGAGGAGGAUGUCUCGGAUGCGUUUCUAGGCAUAGCAGAGUUGAAUGAGGAGGUUUUCGGGCCGAUGUUUUGGGGUAUACCCGAGUCGUUUUUUGAUGCGGGGAUGUGUUGGUUGCCAUCUCCUGGUUUAAGGCUGAGAAGGCCAACGAAUCCGGAGAGAAAGGUGCCGAGUUGGAGUUGGAUGGGGUGGUUUGGUGAAUUGGAUCUGAAGCUAUGGGAUGUGUUUCAGGAUCAUAUUCUGGAGAAUUUUGGGGACGAAAAGAGGAUUCCGGUCGUAGGGUUUGGGAUGCGAGUUGAGCCGUUAGUGAAGUAUCACAACUCGUGUAUCACUUGUGGGAAGAAAUUCCCUAUUUCGAAUUCUUACCAUGAGUCUCGGAGCUGGGCUGAGUCUGAGUCCAGAGCUGGGAGAGCAGAUAGGUCUGGAAUUGAGGAUGGCAUCAGGAAAGGAGAAGUAAACCAAAUCCCAGAAGGCUGGACACGACACAGCUCACCUCCAACAUGGCCAACUACACUCCCAUCCUCAUACUACCACCGCGAUUCCGAACCCUCAUCCUACAAAACCCUCUACCGCUACCCACUCGUUCAUCCCCCUCGCAACCCAGCACACCACCACACUUGCCCCACACCUCGCUUCUCCAGCACGCUCUCCUUCCGCGCCACUCGACUCUUCCUCACCAUCUCCGUCUCCUCAUUCUGUGUACUCGAGCAAGACUGGAAGAAGGAACACUCGGUGGUUGAAGGGGAUAUUCUGGAUGGACGUGGCGCAAGAAUAGGGACUGUGAGUGUCCUCGAUAUGCCAGUUGGGAGUAUGGUGCAGGGUUGUGAGUUUGUGGCUAUUUCGAGGGGGAGGUGUCCAGUGAGGAGGGAAGAUGGCGAGAAGUGGGGUGGGAGUUGGGUUGGGGGGAGGGCACAUCCUUUAAGGGGGGAUGUGGAUGCUGAUUUGAAAGGAGGUGGGGAUGGUGAUGGGGAGGGGAUGUAUGAGUGGGUUAAUGUGCUUUGGGUUGAGAGUAGUGAAGGAGAGACGGGUGGGGUGGUGUAUAGGAGAGGUUUGGGGAGAGUAGGGAGGAGGGAAUGGGAGGUUGGUGUUGAGAAGCUGGGUGGAGAGAGGGAAGUUGAUAUUGUGCUCGGAUAG